AUGUUCCAGCACAUCAAGGAUUUGGUGGAGCUCGAUGACUCGGGACCGAAGGCGUGGAAGCUACUACGCGACGUGGUUCAACCCAACACGCUGCCGAUGGUGAUUGUGUUGGAGAAGGAGCUAGCUGCCGUCUCCAUGCGAUCGGGAGACGAUGUGAAGCCGGUCCUUGACAAAAUCAAGGACACCUAUGCGAGGAUGGCAGCGGUGGGCAGCAAGGUGUCGGAGAUGCAGCAGUGCACCAAGAUCAUCUCGGUGCUCGACAACUCAUGGGACAACCUCAUCCCCACCCUCAACGUUCAGCAGGACAAGUGGACACCUGAGUGGCUACGGCAGCAGAUCCUGCAGAAGGACUUCCGCAGGCGCCACACGGGAGGUGGUGCUGCCAACAAAACUGCAGAGGGGUAUGGAGCUGCAAGAGGCAGCAGAGGAAGAGGGGGAUGGAGAGGCCGAGGCCGUGGGAGAGGCUUUGGCAGAGGGAAAGGCCGAGGUGACUACAACGAAGGGCAUGGGAGCUCUGGUGGCAAGGGGAGCACUCGAAUGGAGGGUGCGUGCUGGUACUGCAAGAAGGCUGGACAUCCGUGGUUCAAAUGUUUCAGCCGGCCUGAGGGAUGGGCACCUCCAGGCAUGAAGCCGCCAAGUAAUGAACGCGCGCGAGGUGGCGCUGUGCAAGGUUCAGGUGCACAAGGUGAUGGUGCACAAGGUAAAGCCGACCCUGGGAUGUUCCUCAUGGUUGAGGAUGUGCAAGGGAGUGGGGGUGAUGUGGGUUCAGUUGGGAAGGUUGUGAUGCACCCCCUCACUCACUGGGUAAUGGGAGCUAAUGGGGGGCUUGUGGGGCUGGGGAAUGUGCUGCUGGUUGAAGGUUUGUCCGCUAACCUCCUCUCUGUGCGCCGGCUGCAGAAAAGCAAGGCCAAAGUGACUUUCGGCACAACCAGCUGCCGUGCAAAGCUUGGGAAGUUGCUGCUGUGGGACUUGGAGGAGAAGAGCAGCUGCAUCAAGGACCUCUGGCAGCUGCCCAUCAUUCCUUGGAAUGGGAAACCACCAGCAACGGCAGCGGCAGCGGCAACGACUAAAACAACUGCGGGAGGAGAGGAGAUUGCACCAAUUGGUGGGGCCCUGGAUGCAGUCAAGAAGGUGCAGCAGUCACAGCAGCCACAUGGUGAGGUGCUUGCUGGUGUGGAUGCAACGGCUGCAUGGGCAAAGGCUUCAUCUGGGAAUGGUGAUGCUGAUUGGGAGACGUGGCACGAGAGGUUGUGUCACAUCAACAUUCCUAUGCUGCAGAAGUUAGUGAAGGAUGGGAGCUUGAAGGGGUUGGAGGUGAAGGGGGCAUCAAAGGGGAUUGGGAGCUGCCCUUCAUGCCUUGAGACCAAGUUCACGAAGUUUCCCUUCAGCAGCAGCACGGGACCAGCGAAGGCUCCACUUGCACUUGUGCACAUGGACGUGGUGGGCCCCACGAGGGCCCCUUCUCUCUCGGGCAGCCGCUACUUCUUGACCAUUGUGGACGACCACACGCGUGCGGUGUGGGUGUAA